AUGUCUGAACCCGUCAAUUCCCUCGUCAGCCUGGCUGAUCGAGUCAUCAUUGUUACAGGAGGGGGCCGCGGAAUCGGCCUGGCUCUUGCUAGAGGAUGUAUUGAAGCGGGGGCUACUGUCGCCGUAACUGAUAUCCUUGCGACGCCUGACAAAGAGUUUAUCUCUUGCCAAGCUGAGUCUUCGGGACGGUUAUUGUACUACAGCUGCGAUGUUACAGACAAAGACCUACUCACAAAGGCCUUCGGGAGCAUACUCCGAGACCUAAAGCGUAUCGAUGGGAUCAUCACCGCGGCCGGCAUCUGUAUUGACAAAUCCUUCCUGGAGCAUACCUGGGAAGAUGUCCAGCGGCAGCAAGCCGUUAAUGAAAUGGGCACAUUUUUCGCCGUUCAGCACGCUGUCCGAUCUAUGAAGGAACAAGGCAUCAGAGGCAGCGUAGUCAUGAUCUGUUCCCAGACAGCACAGCAUGUUUCCCCGGGCCACCAGCUCACUGGCUAUGCGGGAAGCAAGGGCUUCGUGUUGUCCUUUGCUAGAAACCUAGCUCACGAGCUCGCGCCUGAUGGGAUUCGAGUCAAUACAAUUUCUCCCGGGUAUAUUGCCACGACGAUGAAUCUGAGCAUUGCCGCCCGACGCCCCGAUUUGAACCGCAUUUUCAACGAGGCACCACCUAUGGGCCGCGUAGGGACACCAGAAGAUCUGAAAGGGGCAGCACUGUUUCUGCUUGGUGAUGGGUCUUCGUAUGUAACUGGAUUGGACCUUGUAGUCGAUGGUGGAAUGGGUGUCUCCUCGGGCAACUUCAAGUCAACUCUCUAA